CAUGGAACUACUUUCUGGUCAAACAUUUUCGAAACAGAAACAGAAAGAAAGGUUACCGAGCGGAUAGGCUUGGCCCGGUUGAUCAUUUCGCUCACAUUAGAAGCGCAGGUACACUCGCAUCAUGCGAUAUAUUUUUGACUUUAAAUAGGUUCACUAUGCUGCUAUGGACUAUACAUUAUUAUGUCUCUGACCGGAAAAGUCGCUAUUGUCACCGGUUCUUCCAGCGGAAUUGGGCUCGCCACCACCCAAGCACUUCUCCGAGAUGGAUGUUCAGUUCUCGGCGUUGAUCUACUCCCCAAUGAUAUAUUCACGAAUUCGCCAGCAUUCUCUUUCUUCGAAGGCAACAUCGCUGACCCCCUUGUCCCUGCGGCCAUCAUCGCUGCGAGCAAAGAGGCAUUCCCUCAAUCCAGCGGUGUGGAUAUACUCGUGAAUAAUGCCGGGAUCAUGGAUAACAAUGCAGGCGUGGACGCGCUCAAGGACGAGGUGUGGGAACGAGUCAUUGCAGUGAACUUGACGGGUCCGGUUAAGUUGAUGCGGGAGGCGGUAAAAGUGAUGAAAGUGAAGGGUGGUGGUGUCAUCGUGAAUGUCACGAGCAAAGCAGGUAUGAGCGGCGCUACGGCUGGUGUCGCUUAUACCGCAAGUAAACACGGAAUUGUCGGCGCGACGAAGAACACCGCCUGGCUCUAUAAAGAGGAUGGCAUAAGAUGCAACGCUGUAGCGCCUGGAGGCGUGGCUACGAAUAUUGCCAACACCAUGCGUGAUUUGGACAUCACGUCUAGCAUGAGAAUUAAACCCGUAGUUGAUGUUCAUGUUAAUCCCGUUACCGGUGAAGGUAUAGCAGCACCGGAAACAAUUGCUCAAGUCAUAGUUUUCCUUGCCUCUGACUCGAGCAAAGGCAUCAACGGCGCUAUACUGCCUGUGGACAAUGCUUGGAGUACAAUCUAAUAACGCUUUGUCUUGUGAAUUUGACCAAGCAAACUAUAUUUUCUAAUGGUCCUGAUGCAUAUUCGUAAAACAGAUUUCACUUCUCUCAU